AGAAGGGUGAGAAGAAUGGCAGCGUUUGGAAGCGCGUCUUAUCCCUUGGAAAGGCUGGGAAGCACCAACUACUCCUACUGGAAGGUAAAGACUGAAAUGCUGCUGGUGAAGGAGGGCGUCUGGCACACUGUUGCAGAAGACCCCCCAGCAGCCCAACCGGCAGAGUGGAUAAGAGCAGCAGAGAAAGCUAAAGCUCUGCUUAUCCUAGCUCUGGAGAAUGAACAGUUAAUACAUGUCAGAGGCUUAAACACAGCAAAGGAAGUUUGGAAUGUUUUACGUGCUGUACAUGUGAGAAAAACUGCAGGCUCUAAAGUUUUACUUGCUAAAAGACUGUACCAGACCCGAUACAAAGAGGGAGAGUCCAUGCAGAGGCAUUUACAGAACUUACAACAUUUGUUUGCCGACCUGCAAGAAAUGGACAUGCAGCAUACACAGGAACAGAUGGCAUAUAUUACGCUGUCUACUCUAAAUGAUUCCUGGGAAGGAGUGAUAAGUGCGUUAGAAAGUCUUCCGGACGCGGACCUCAGCAUGACGUACAUCACAAACAAACUACUUCAAGAAGCAGAACGCCGACAAGAGAAAAGUAAACAGAGCAACAAAGAAAACCCGGAGCGGAAUGCGCAAGGACCGAUGGUGUUUGGAGUGAAACGUUGCUACAGAUGCGGCUCCACAACUCAUCUACGCAGUCAAUGCCAGGCAGAGACGAAAAGAAGAUUGCAACAAAGCGAGAAAGACCCGUUUAAAGUGCAUGUCGUUGGCACUAAAGACAAGGACAAUGAACUAAAUAACACAUCCUGGGCUGUCGACUCGGGAGCAAGUCAUUUUCUAGUAAAUAAUGAAAAACAGUUUAAAAUCCUGACCCCAACAAAGAACCAGAAUGUUUAUUUGGCGGAUGGAAGCUGUCGGCAAGUUAAAGGGGGUAUUUUAGAACGUCUAGAUUCUGGAGAAAUUGUUAUUGGUGAUGGAGGAUUUGUCAUUGCACUCGAAAAGAGGGGUUAUGUGAAAGCUGGACCUUGGACUCCAGAAGCUGCAGUAGAAUACCCGGAAGCAGUUCGUCAGCUGCAUCGAGAAUUCCUCAGGGCUGGAGCAAAUAUUUUGCAGACGUUCACCUUUUAUGCCAGUGAUGACAAAUUAGAGAACAGGGGAAACUAUGUAGCUGAUAAAAUUUCUGGCAAGAAAGUAAAUGAAGCAGCCUGUGACAUUGCAAAAGAAGUGGCUCAAGAAGGAGAUGCUUUGGUGGCUGGAGGCGUCAGUCAAACACCUUCAUACUUAAGUAGUAAGAGUGAAGCUGAAGUUAAAUCAAUCUUUCGAAAGCAGCUAGAAGUUUUUACCAAAAAGAAUGUGGAUUUCUUAAUUGCAGAGUAUUUUGAACAUGUUGAAGAAGCUGUGUGGGCUGUUGAAACCUUAAAGAAAUCUGGGAUGCCGGUUGCAGUUACUAUGUGUAUUGGUCCAGAAGGAGACAUGCAUGGCAUACCACCUGGAGAAUGUGCUGUUCGACUUGCAAACGCUGGUGCGUCUAUUGUUGGAGUAAACUGCCAUUUUGACCCCACUACGUGCCUCAAAACUCUGAAACUCAUGAAGGAGGGCUUGGCAGCUGCUAAACUAAAAGCACACCUGAUGUCACAGCCACUUGCUUUUCAUACUCCAGACUGUGGGAAGCAAGGGUUCAUUGAUCUACCAGAAUUUCCUUUUGGUUUGGAGCCAAGAAUUCUAACUAGAUGGGAUGUUCAUAAAUAUGCAAGAGAGGCAUACAAUUUAGGGGUCCGAUAUAUUGGAGGGUGCUGUGGAUUUGAACCAUAUCACAUUCGAGCAAUUGCUGAGGAGCUGGCCCCUGAAAGAGGCUUUUUACCACAAGGUUCUGAAAAACAUGGCAGCUGGGGGAGUGAUCUGAGCAUGCAUACCAAACCAUGGGUCAGAGCAAGGGCUAGGAAAGAGUACUGGGAGAAUCUGUUGCCUGCUUCAGGACGACCAUAUUGUCCCUCACUGUCAAAGCCAGAUGACUGGGGAGUGACCAAAGGAGAUGCUGAGCUCAUACAGCAGAAAGAAGCAACAUCUGAAGAACAGCUGAAAGAACUGCUCAAGAGACAGAAAUUCAAAUCCGACACAGUAGCAUAAACUAUAAGCCAUUUUGUAUAUGCUAAAGCAAUUACAUUAAUGUAAUUAAUUGAAUUGACAUUCAGUAGAAGGAAGACCAGGCAGAAUUUUGAAUUACGAGUCUGAAUUAUAAUAAACAUCAAAAACUUCUUAUUUUAAUGAAAAUUUCUUAGGCAUAUGAAUAUUUAAAAUUUCAGAAGUUGAGAUAUUCUAAGGAUCCAUAGCAUCCAUGCUACACAUUUGAGAAAACUCCAACUUGCAUACAGUAUGUACAAUUCAGAGCAAGUUCAUCUUCUGAUUGUAUUGAAAUAAUUGGAAUUUAAUGCUUAAGGGUUGUAUUCAACUAAGUGCUAAGGCAGUCAUUCCACAAGGGCAAGGAUUUCUCCUCCUUCAAUGGAACUUGCCCCCUGUACCCCCACUAACUCUGUUUUUAGGGGGUCCCCCAACCCUCCAGACCAGAGUUGGGAAUAGUGUGGGGCACGUGCAGGGGAAAGGGGGAAACCCGGUUGCGCUAGCGCUUACUUUAGCACUAGUGCAGAAAGUUAGUUGAAUACUGCCCUAACUGUUAAAUAGUCCAAUCCUAAGCAUGUUUGCUCAAAAUUAAAUCUCAUUGAGUUCAAUAGAAUUUGCUGCCUAGUGAAUGUGUUUAGGAUUACAGCCAAAUAAGAACUUGGGUUCAUUUUAACUUUAUCUGGAUUGUUCCCAUUUUUUUUCGAUUGAAAACUUUUUAAUAUUCUUUUUUCUUGCUAUAAGCAAAGAACUGUUUGUGAAAGCUAACAAUUCUUAUUUUGAUUAGAAUAAGAAUUGUUUAAAUCACUAACUAUUUUAAAAAUUACUCAAAAGUUGACAAAUAAAAUACCUCCAAUAAACAGCAAACCAUUUUUCUUCGUUACAUUCUCCUUGGCUUGUGAUGCCAUUGCAAUCUCUAAAUGCAUAUUUAAGGAGAGAAAAAAAGCUAUUGGGCACUUUAUUCUACGUUCAAAUGUGGAGAACAGAAUUUGAACAGAAGUAGGUAGGAAGAGCAAGAAUAUAAAAUUCUUCUCUCUGUGAAAUCCAACCAUGUAACUUCUAGAAAUAUAUUAAAUCCAUUUGGUUUUUCCUUUACAAUUUAGCAAGAAGUCUUAUUAUGGAGCAUAGCUGAAGUUUAUUUUUUAACUGCUAAACUUGCCAGAUGGUGGGUGCUAUCUAACGCUACUGUUACUGACAGAAGGAAUCCAUCAGUGGAAUGGGGAGAGAGACAGUUUUCAAAAUGACACCCCCUCCAGAGUUCCACAUCCCCUCUAAAUCUACUUCAGAGCAUUGGGGGACCCCUCAGAGCAGAUGGAUGGUUUUUCUCAGAUUUAUUGGGUUUGUGAGGUGCCACUGGGGGAGGGGAAAUUGACCAAAAAAAGCCUCCCUCCCCGUUCGGCUUAUUGAUUCCUUCUAUUAGUGGAUAGUUACCACUGGAUACCACUGUAAUAAUGCGAAUACUUAGGUCCAUUUCAGAAUGUAACAUCUUUGGAAGCUAAUGGCAAUGACUUUUACCACUCAGCAUGAUAGAUCCAUUCCAGUGUACUUUGUUGGUGCACCUGAUCAGGUAGUUGAGAUAUCUUUCCUAUAUCUAAGGUCCUAUGAUAAGGUUUGAGGGCUUAGGUACCUGCUUUAAAAAUGAAUUCUCCAUUGCCCAGUGAAACUAAAGUCACGUGGUCUAAUAUUAACAAGUGAAAACUUUCCGGCAUGUAGCUAAAUAUAUUACUGAUAUCUGGUAAAUUUUGAGAAGGAUUUAAGUGGUUUCAUUUCUAAAAGCAAUGUUCUGUAUUAAUACCAAUAAAGAUUUACAAAUUA